CACUGGAGCAAGGGAGGCAUGGCACCAUCCCACUGAAAUCAAUGGAAAGUAGGUGCCUAACUACUUGUGUGAUUCUGGGCCCUUCUCAUCUAAAUCCCGAGGAGGAUGGGAAUAGGAAGGGUUUGCCAUGGGAAUCAGGACGUUCUCCCCAGUGUCACAGCCUGGACUGUCCUUGCAAGAAUAAGCAAAGGUUGGGGAUGGGUGGUUGCAGCUCCAGGCCCUCAGUUGAUCUGAGACUCUGGAACAACUCCCCAAGAACACUCCUUUUGUCCAGUCUUUGACAAACGCCCAGCUGGCGGCUUAGGGCACGCAAGGGACGGGCACAUGUUCAUCCCUAAGGCCCAUGCAGGAGAAUAUGUCCACUGCUCAAACAUGCUCUGUGCUACUUAACCAGGUAGCUCCUCUCCAUCACUCAAGGCUGCCACGUUUGGGGUGUCUUCAGAUCUCCCCCCCUUUCCCUUCUGUUUUGCAGACAUGCUUUUGAUGUGCCCAAGGUGGAAGGCCAUGACCAAUUGCACAGAGCAGCAGUAUUGGGACAAUCUCCUGUGCCAAUGCAUCUCCUGCAGACUUGCAUGUAAUUCACCCAGUGUGGAGAGAUGCACUACCUUCUGCGUGUCAAUGGAAUGCAGCAAGCGACCCGGCUUCUACUACGACGAGCUCUUGAGAAGAUGCAUCAGCUGCUCGGGCGUCUGUGGGCAGCACCCAAGCCAGUGUCUCCAGUUCUGUGAGAAUAAACUGGUAACUACCUCAUCCAGAAUGGCUGCUCUGGAACAGAAGCUAGGUAGUGAUCAGGACCAAUGGCUGGUUGUCUACCUGCUGCUGGCGCUCUGCCUUUGCACCAUGAUCUGCUCUUUGCUGGUGGGCUGGACCCACUUCAAAAGGAGGGGAGCGGAGGUCUCCUGCCAGCCCACCCCUGGGACCUGCCACAAGAGGGAGGACUCCUCAAAAGAUCACUUAGUGGAAGCGGGGAGCGUUGGAGGCGGCUCCAUUGGGAGCAGACUACCAGAGCCUGUGGAAACCUGUGGCUUCUGCUUCCCUGAACAAGGGCCUGCCAUGCAGGAGACUAAAGCAUGUCACAGCUCCUUCUAUCAUCCUGGAGCAAGGGCUACUGCCUCGCAGGCUGGGGUAUCCUGCACAGGAAGUGCUGGGGCUAUCCCCACCCCCGAGGACGGCCAUUUCAAAAUCAUAUGCUCCCCAUCACAAGAGAAGACACCGAUGACAUGAACUCCUUGAGCAAUGUGGUGAUCAGGGAGAGAAGUAACACUCCCUGCACUCAGAAUAAAGCUGCUUGCAUUUGAUCCUUGCUCUCCAUCUUCAGUAACACACAACAAUACCUUGCCUGCCAAUCACGAUAGAAGCUACCUUCACACCAUGGAAACAGACUGUGGACAGUCACUAUUUUCUUCUACUAUGGAAAUAAAAUUCUCAUGAUUGUUAUGCACUCACCAUAAAGUCUCUUGCAUCCUUUCCAAUGUAGCAUCACACACAU